GUUUCCCGUGUGACGUACACUCAGCGCUCUACAUAAAGCCGCGAAUUUGGAGCACGAAUCUUCCAAAUACCGCAUCCGACGCGUGAAAGCAAUGGCGCUGGUACCUAACGGUUUGCUCUACUUUAUCCUAAUGACGAGUUGGAUCAGCAGAUCGCUUAUGUCGCCUGUGGCGAAACAACAUACAGCAGCUUUUGAUGAAAUAGCCAGAGUCAAUCAGAAUUAUGCUAAAUAUCAAGAAGGCAGCGAGUGGCAGGUGGAUAUGAAACUGCCAAGGAGAAAUGUAGGAAGAAAGGGAGUUGAUGGCUCGGCUCCCAUAAGAGACAGGUCAAACCUAUGGCCAAAGGGAAUCAUACCGUAUACAAUAGCAUACAGCAUUCCUGGAAACAGCAAAAUUCGCCAACUUCUAAAAGAUGCCAUGGCAGAAUACGAAAAACUUACCUGUAUCAAAUUCGUAGAAAGGGAGAAUCAGGUGGAUUACGUGGAAUUUUAUUACGGUGAAGGUUGUAACUCUGAUGUUGGCCGAAUUGGUGGUAGACAAACCACUUCCCUUGGACGAGGAUGCGCGCACCAUGGUAUUGUGGUCCAUGAACUGGGGCAUUUGGUUGGUUUUUGGCACGAACAGAACCGCCCCGAUAGAGAUAACUAUAUUGAAAUCAAGGAGGAAAACAUAAUACCCAAGUUCAAGUACGCGUUUCACAAAUACAGUUCACGGAGGAUUGACAGUCUCGGUGUGGAGUACGAUUAUAAGUCUGUCAUGCACUACGGCGCGAAAGCCUUCUCUAAAAACGGUUUACCGACCAUUGUGGCACGACAACGGUCCAUUAAAACGUUUGGCAAUACUAACUUGAGUAUACUGGACAUCCAGCAAGUAAACCUCCUGUACAGGUGUCCAGAUUAUCCAAAGUUCCCGCAAGAUUUUGUUUGGAGUAGCAAUGGGCAGAUGAGGAAGAACGCGACUUACAGUAUUUAUGCGAGAUGUAUUCGAAUAACUCACCAUAGAUCAGCUAGUUGGAGAGACAACUAUAUGUGCUACAGAAAGGACAAAAAAUCUCUCUCGCUCAGUUUUUCAACCAGAGGACCCGUACCUGGCAAAAAGUGCCUCCAAAUUCGCACACCAACGAAAUCCUACUAUGAGAUCUGGGACAGAUCUUAUCUCUGUUGGCCACAUGACGGAAUUUACAAAUUCAAGUGGUUAACGCAUGCGCCAACUGCUGAGGAAAGAGCCAAUUGUUUGGAAUGGAGUGAACCUCGUGAUCCGACUUGGGGACGCAACAGAUAUUUCCUGUGUGCUACAAAAGAUCGAAAACCCAUCGAUGGCAACUGGACCCGAUGGACGCCCUGGACAACAUGCACACGUAAGUGUGGAGGAGGAGUUCAGAGUCGCCUUCGCUCCUGCACCAAUCCUCAACCGUCCUCCGGGGGUCAAUACUGCGUGGGUAAGGCCUCCGAUACAAGGAUGUGUAACACACAGGAGUGUGCAGAAUGGCCAAAAUUCCCGGAAGACUUCAGCUUUGGUCGAAAACCAAGGGCAGGCCCAAAUGAAACAUGCGUAAGAAUAUUUGAGCGAUUGGACUAUUUCACCUUUAAGGAUUACCUACUGUGUUCGGCGGCGGACAAGAGGCAACCAGAAAUGCGCUGGUCAGACCAAGGAGAAGUUAAUAACAGGGAGUGUACACGAAUCCUUGUUCCUGAGGAUUCACAAGGUACUAAAAGAGGUCGUUGGGACAAUAACUACCUGUGUAUCUCAACAGACGGCGGGUUUCCCUACAGAUUUGUGUGGUCGUAUUCGAACCGCAUUGCAGGCUUACCUUGUAUGAGAUGGUAUGCGAAGAACGGAAGAGAUGGUUGGGACAAAACUUAUUUAUGUGCUGAGGAUCGCUUCAAGUCUCCAGUAACUCCGGUGGUGAUCAUUAAUGGUGGUUGGUCGUCAUGGACUUCAUGGAACACUUGCAGUAAAAGCUGCGGUAGUGGUAAACAGCACAGAGUACGGCAGUGCGACAAUCCAAAACCCAGUAGAAAUGGACGCACUUGCCAGGGAAAAGCGUUGGAUGAGAGGUUAUGCAAUGAGCAGAAAUGCCCGUCCGCUUGUGGUCACGAAUUCCAAGCGGUCAGCGGAAGAUUUAAUUCACCUAACUAUCCGAAGCCUUAUCCAGGAAAAAUGAAUUGCGAGUGGGUUAUUCGUGUACCAGAUGGACAAAGAAUUGAAUUUAAGUUCCUCUUCUUUAAUGUUUAUGGCUCUUAUCCAUUAUGCGAUGAUUCCGUCUCAGUGUACGAUGGCCAAACUGUCUCGUCCCGUCGCAUCGGCAAGUUCUGUGGCUCCAAACUCCCGACUGUUCUUCGUUCAAGUUCCAACGUCAUGCUGGUUAAAUUUCACUCAAAUGUACAGCGUGGUUACUAUGGGUUUAAUGCCAAAUGGGAAGCGAAGAAGGUGGAAGUUAAGGAAACUGCAAAUGAGUGUGGCCGGCAGCUAACGGAGUCUACUGGGACAUUGACCAGUCCCGGGUAUCCAGGCAGCUAUCCUCCUAAUGCGGACUGUAUCUGGGUAAUUACGGCGCCACGUGGCCACUACAUUGAGCUGAAAUUCAAAAUAUUUGACAUACAUAAAGUCGGUAGAGGUUGCCGAUACGAUUAUGUCGAAGUACGUGAUGGUAACUCAAGGAAUUCACCAUCAUUAGGAAGACAUUGUGGACAAUCAGUUGAUGAAAAGUUCCAAACAAUAUCCAACCACGCUCGCAUCCGUCUGCAUUCCGACGGUUCCCGCGAGAGGAAAGGAUUUGUUCUUACAUGGAGGAGUCUCCGAAAACCCGUCGUUACACAGGAGCCAACCACCAAACCGCUAUGUCCCCGUGGGUGGGUUUCCCACCUAAUGAACGGAACAGACAUGGUGUACUGUUACCUGGUCAGACACAACACGCACACGUGGUACAUGGCAAGAAAUGAUUGCAUAAGAUCUCGCUCUGACCUGCUGAGCAUCAGUAACGCCAAAGAACAAGAAUUUGUCACAAAACAUCUGCUGGCUGAGUCAUUCAUGUGGAUUGGCUACAAUGAUAUACAAAGGGAAGGACAAUGGGCGUGGAGCGACAGGUCGUCUGUCUGUUGAAGGGUUGCACUCCAGGAGGCGAGAUCCAAGAUAAAAGGCAGCCAUUCAGUAAAGCUGUACAUCGCGAAUUUGUAUGUUUAUCACUCAAUAUCAAAUAUGACUAUGAUGACUAGACGGACUAUCCCCAUGACGUUGUAAAGCAGGUCCUGUACGAGAAGAGCGGGGACAGACGGCUCCCUUUCCCUACAGGUGGUUCGGCGCCAGUAAGACUGAGAAUGAAAGGGUUGUAUCAUAUUCAUGGAGGAACGCUGUAAGAUAUACAGACUUUUUACGCUUUUUAUCAAACAUCAGGAAACACAUAUGAACCGGAUAAACAACACAAAUGAGCGAUAUUGCUUUAACUGAAUGAGAAACACCACAGAUUCACUUUUAGUGCUCUGUAGGUUUCCCUCACUUGGAGUCACGAAGAAAUCGCAGUUGUUUUACGACAUCAUUAUAACCUAAGAAAAAUGUUGUCAGACUGUUGUUUCGAUGGAAAUUAAUUUUACUUACCUAAUUGAAAUAGUGUAUCAUGCUCCACGAAUUGCCCAAACUGUACGGCAUGAGCUGAUGUCAUCUUUAGCGCGUAGUUAUCAAUUCAUUAAAAAUCUAGCGACGAGAAAGAAGCAUUUUAGUUAUGAAAGACCGACCACCCUCGAGAAGUACUGCACAAGUAAUAGCAAGAAAAUGGGAAUUUAAGAAAGUGACUAGGAGACUCGAGAAAGUGUGGAUAACAUCUUCCAAUGGCACGUUGGUCUUCGUUAUCAGGGUUUAGGUCAAAUCGUAGUGUUCUUUCGAUAGACCACAAAUAACUGCAUAAGAUGUACAAGGUAAACGUUAAAGACCGCUUGCAAGCGGGUACGCGAGGUGGUCUUGCGUCGACAUUAGUAAGUGAUAUUGUCUGUACUAACAAUAACAAUAACCACCCCACUACUUACUUUGUUCAAGAAGCUAAGACCUGACUAUAUGCUCAUUUACUUGGCCGACUUCUGUAGUACUUUAAAAAUAUUGUGUAAAAGUACAGCUUAAAACUGGACGGCAUUAUGCUAAAAUAUGUGAAUAAGUGCAAAGAGAAUAAAUAUUUAACUGACAUGUUCAAAACAA